AAAGUCUUGCAUUCCCACAUCUUCUGCAAUAGCUACCUCGAACAGAACUUGGGAUCUUUUUCUUCACUUCUCCUGUUCAGCCGCUCGCUCGCUCUCUCUGUCUCUCUCUGCCUCUCUCUGUUUCUCUCUUUGUCUGUGAGUGUAUAGUGAACACGUGGGCAUGGGUUGCUUCUGGAGUGAAUGUAUGUAUCCGAUGCCGUUUUGUUCGAAUCGGGUUAGCAGUUGAGAUCGAAACCAGAUUCUAAAAGUUUGGAUCUUUUAGCUUUUUUUUUUUGGAUUCUGAACAGUUUUUGAUCUGGGUUGUUUUUAUUUCUUUCUCCUGUUUUUUCAAUCUACUACUUCCCUUCGUUUUCUAUUUUCUUUCUUACAUUUACUAGCGCAUUAAGAGAGCGAGCGGCUGUCAGGUUUCUCCCUGUUACAAUCUUGGUUCUGUUUUUUUUCUUCUUCAUUGGCGACAUGGCAGAAGGCAAGAACAGUGGCAUAUCGAGGCAGAUGGGUGAUGAGUCCCCAGAGAUGUCGCAGAGGGCAUCGAGUAGGGAUUGGGGGAAAGACAAGGGCAAGGUUCAACUCAGCUUAGAGAGGAGGCAAUGGAAGCCAGUUUUUGAAGGGGCGUCCUCAUCACCAAGACCUCUCAAGAAGACCCGAAGCCCAGAGCGUGAGACCCUAAAUCAUCAUUCCUCUGCUUCGAUUAUGCAACAGGCAACCCAUGCCCCAGUUACUUCUUCUUCUUCAACUCUCAAUUCACCGUCUUCAAGGCUUGUUUUUCCUUUUGCCUUUGAUGGGUCUCAAUCCGUGGAGGUACCUCAGCACCGUUCAACAACACUUCCAUUACCCCUGUUCCAUUCUCCACCACCGCAGCAGGAACACUACCACCAAUCGCAUCAGCAGCAACAGAUGAUUUCGUUCACUCCCCAGAUGAGCCAGGGUAUGGUUUAUCCGCCGCACUUCGUCAGGGAUGGACAAUCAGCGCAGCAGCAGGGUCAGCUUCUCCACUAUUGGAGUGACGCGCUCAAUCUCAGUCCUCGGGGUCAAUUGAUGAUGAUGAAUGGGUUUGGGCAGGAUGGGAGGGCCCUUUUGAGGGCUCCAGCCCCUUUACCCACCACUACUAAGCUCUACAGAGGAGUGAGGCAACGCCAUUGGGGCAAAUGGGUCGCCGAGAUUCGUCUCCCUCGUGCCAGGACUCGCCUCUGGCUGGGCACCUUCGACACCGCCGAAGACGCCGCCUUGGCCUAUGAUCGUGAGGCCUUCAGGCUAAGAGGAGAGAAUGCUCGUCUCAAUUUCCCCGAACUCUUUCUAGGCAAGGAUAGCACAGAGAGAGCAGCUGCAACAGCUCCUAGUUCAUCCCCUUCCUCCCCUCCUACCCACCUAGACAAUCGCAAACCUAGCCGGUUCAAGCAGCAGCAGCAGCAGAAAUCUCCAGAAGGCCUAAAUUUGCACGCUCAGGCUAUGGAGAUCUUGCCAACACCUCAAGACGAUCCGGAUAAGAAGCCCGAUUUUGAGGGCAAUUCUCCUUCCGGAUUGGAAUUGAGUGAGGUCACGGGAAGUACUGAAGCACCUGCGCUUACACCGGCUUCUGUGACAUGGGAAGGCGUUUCUGGGUCUCCAGAAUUUCCAUGGAGGGAAAUGAUGGAAGAGGCAUGGCUCAGUGCUAUUCCAGCUGGUUGGGGUCCAGGUAGCCCUGUUUGGGACCAAAUUGAUGGCUCGAAUAAUCUACUUCUGCAACCCAAUCUCCCUAUUCCAAUUUCCCGUCCCCAAGAUUUUGAUUCCUCUGAUAUUUCAAAUCAGCAGGCCACCUCUGUUUCUUCUUCUUCCUCCUCUUCUUGUCCCAUGAACAUGUUUUUUUGGAAGGACGGUGAUUGACACCUGCCAGUCCACCUGCCCCACAUCUACAACAAGAUUUAUAAAGCUUUAGGAGAGUUACCCCUCCCCCCCUC